AUGCCUACUAGACGGGAGUCGGAGCCUCUGCUGGGGCGACCCGGUGACGCUACGCAGGCGUCGGAUCAGCCGUUCUAUGCGAACUUAUACCUAGGAACUGGUUUCUUCACCCUCGUCGGCGCCGUGAUGUUCUGCUUCGAGGUUUGGUACUCGACGCUCAGCCAAAAGUUUCUGCCGCUCUUCACGCCGCACCCUCUGCUCCAGAGCGCCGCCGUUGCCAUCGCCCUGAUGGGCAUCCUGGUCCUGCAGCCGACGACGUCCGCAGAACCCGAGAGGAAGAGACAGGGUGCAAGGCUGCACGCCGGCACCAUGGGCCUUGCCGGCUUGACCUUUAUGGCCGGCGUUGCCAUCAUCGAAGCCAACAAGAUCAAGGGCAACAACCCGCACUUCAAGUCCCUGCACGCCUACCUGGGUGUCGCGACGGCUGUUAUCAUCGCCUGCCAGGCCACAUUCGGCGUCUUGAUGUGGGCCGUGCCCGGCGCCUUUGGGGGCGUGGAAAAUGCCAAGUCGACCUGGAAGUACCACCGGUGGUUCGCCUACGUCGUCGUCCUGCCCAUGAUCGUGUUCACCUGCCUUUCCUCCCUUGGAACGGGCUUCAACGUAAACGUCCUUCACAUGCGCCCCUGGAUCUUUUACCUCUCUUUUAUCCUGACCGUCAUGGGUGUUGCUCCACGUAUCCACCUGGACAAGCUGGGCUUCCGUCAGCCAACCAGCACCUAG